AUGCCUCGUUCGAAUAUUUCGUUCCCAGACUCAAGUUCCGAGCCUGAGGUUCCUAGACCUCUGAACACGCUCCAUAUCAUGAUACGAGAGAUGUUGUAUGAGGUGCGGGAAAACGAAUCCACAAUCUCGGCCCUAGAAGCAUGGGUUGAGACUGUGGACCCAGAAGCACACAGAAAGGACCCUUGGCCUCAGGACCUUAUAGACGCCCAUGCCCAGUACAAGGCGUUGGUCGCUGACAUUGACCCCAAGAGAUUGGCUUACAACAAUUCUCGUCAUAACAGCAACAAAAACCAGACCUUAUACACCCCCAAGGUCCAUCUAGAACGCCUGAGGCUCGCCUAUGAAUGGGGCCAAGCGGCGCUCCGAGCGGUUGAGGCUCGACUUCAUGUGCUCGUAACGUAUCGAACUGCGUACGAAAAUAAGAAGGCCAUAGAAGGUCACAUCGAGCAAGCGAACUCCAAUCUAAAUAGUGCCAGGAAUGCCGUCAUUGCGGCAGGCAAGGAAUAUCGGGGCUAUUGGAAAGCUAUGCCAAAAGAAGAACUACCCUUCAAGGAGGAAUAG